AUGUGGGUAUACGGAUCCAUAUGGGAUGCCUCCUCUUGGGCCACUGAAGAUGGGAAGUACAGGGUGGAUUACCGGUACCAGCCGUUUGUGGGAAUGUACACGAAUUUCAAGAUGACUGGCUGCUCGGCAUACUCUCCGGCGUGGUGCUGGCCGGUGUCGGCAUCGCCGUUCCGGCGGGGAGGUCUGACCAGCAGGCAGUACAGGGCCAUGAAGUGGGUCCAGAGUAACUGUUUGGUGUACGACUACUGCGACGACCCCAAGAGGGACCAUUCUCUGACCCCUGAAUGUUGGGUUAAUUAA